GUCUCGUACACAUACACCGGGGUCUCGCUGUAAUCAUAUCUACAACAAAUAUGUCGUAGGCUCAUUCCUGCUCAUUGAAGGAACUCCAGUCUCGAUGACAUCACGAACUAAAAGAGUUACAACCGACACUAAUUGAAUGCGACGAGUGGCCCGAUCGCCGGCGGUGUUCCAAUCUAACCUCGUUUGCGUGCACGUCUCAUACUUUUCAACUAAUAAAAAACAACCAUAAAAUGGCAGCUGAUAUCGCUGGUUUCAUCUGUGCAGUCGUUUUGGCAGCAUUAGUAAUUGCAUGGAUUGCGUAUUGUAUGUUCGUCAGAGAACGUCACAAGUCAGAAUUUUACCAAUACGACAUAAAUGACUUGCAACGGACAAAAUGUACUCCGUCUGAGGCGACGGUAGGCAAGGAAGAAGUUAAAGAGGAGAAAUCAGGUAUACGAGCUGGUAUAUUCAUACUACCGUCACGGCACAGACACAAAGAUGAGGAUUACGAGAAACGGCCGGACUACCCCGAGAGUCCCGCUCCUCGCAUGGUCGGAACAGAUAACCUAAUAGAGAUCUUAAACGACAGUGUUGAGGUACAUAAUAAAGGAGAUAUCUACGAAGUGGAUGGCAGUACGCCGUACCACAGUGAAGUGUAAUUUUGCUAUACUUACACAUUUUUUAACCCACUGACUAACACUGUUACACGAUAUUUCGUGUAAAUCCAUGUCAAAUAACCCGUUGGAUAUUGUUGAACUAAUUGUUUUUUGCUUUUUAUACAUUAAACUUUUUCAUAUUUUUUGUAUUAUUAAUAGAGCCUUUUAAUAAUGUAUGAAAAGAUGUUUA